GUAAAUCUCAAUAAGAAAACAGACCGUACCGGCGAACUACUAAGAGAUGUGGAAAAUGAACACACAAAGUUUAGAACCACAUUGUAUUUGCAAAUGUAUGCCUGGUUAACAGCUGUUUAUAUAUUAACUAUAUUAUAUGAAUAAGAACGGUGCUUUGCCUAUAUGAAAUGUAUAGGCUUGUUAAACUCCACCCUCUCUCCCUGCUGUCUAUAUAUACUGAACGUGUGCGCGUCCCAGUAUGUAUUGAAGACCCUGGAGCGUCGUGGUCCGGUCCUGUCUGGGCACAGCACUAUGGUUCACACUUGUAACGUUAGCGCCUCACCGGAUCCAUGAAUACCCAGCUGCCUACACUCCGGGCUUGUGGAAGACCAGAGUGAAGAUGGUGCAGAAAUACCAGUCACCGGUCCGGGUUCACAAGUACCCCUUUGAAAUGGUCAUGGCGGCCUAUGAAAGGAGGUUUCCGACCUGCCCCCAGAUCCCAGUGUUCCUGGGCAGCGAGAUUCUCAGUGAAAGCAGGAGUGAGGACGGAUCUCUCCACGUUCUGGAACGGAGCUGCAAACUCAAUGUGGACGCGCCUCGGCUCCUCAAAAAGAUCGCAGGUGUGGAGUAUGUCUACUUCAUUCAGAAAAACACAUUAAACUGGAAGGAGCGGACGCUGCUCAUCGAAGCACGAAAUGAAACCUUUUCCAGCAGAGUCACCGUCAACGAGACCUGCAGUUAUAGUGUCCACCCUGAAAACGAAGACUGGACCUGUUUUGAGCAGUCUGCCUCCUUGGAUAUUAAAUCCUUCUUUGGCUUCGAGAACACUGUGGAGAAGAUUGCAAUGAAACAGUACACUGCCAACAUCAAGCGGGGUAAAGAAGUGAUCGAGUAUUAUCUGAACGAGCUGAGAGUGGAGGGUGUGGCUGUGAUUCCCCGCUGGCACCCCCCGGAGGAGAGAAUCCAGGCUCCACCCAGCCUGCCUCGCCUCGCCUCUCUCCCAGAGUCCCGGGCGGAGGUGGAGCUGCUGGAACCCAGCAGCACAGAGCCGACUGCGUCCGAUGCAGACAAGUUGCAUGCAGAUUACAUUGAGCGGUACCUGGGCCAGCUGACCCCGAUGCAGGAGAGCGGUCUGAUUCAGCUGAGACGCUGGCUGCAGGAAACACACAAAGGAAAGUCAGAAGCUGGUGAAUGGAAACCAGAAAAGAUCCCUAAAGAUGAGCACAUCCUGCGCUUCCUGCGCGCCCGGGACUUCAGCGUGGACAAGGCACGCGAGAUGCUGUGCCAGUCGCUCACAUGGCGCAAGCAGUACCAGGUGGACUAUAUCCUGGAGAUGUGGCGGCCGCCCAGCUUCCUGGAGGAGCACUACGGGGGAGGGUGGCACUUCCACGACCGGGACGGGCGCCCGCUGUACAUCCUGCGCCUCGGACAGAUGGACACCAAAGGGUUGGUAAAAGCUUUGGGAGAAGAGGCGCUGCUGAGACAUGUUUUAUCGAUCAAUGAAGAGGGACAGAAAAGAUGCGAGGAAAAUACGAAGAUAUUCGGUCGACCGAUCACGUCUUGGACCUGCCUGGUGGACCUCGAAGGGUUAAACAUGAGGCACCUGUGGAGGCCGGGGGUGAAAGCUCUCCUGCGGAUCAUUGAAGUCGUUGAAGCCAAUUACCCCGAGACCCUGGGCCGGCUCCUGAUUGUCCGAGCGCCGCGCGUCUUCCCUGUGCUCUGGACCCUGGUCAGCCCCUUUAUAAAUGACAACACCCGCCAGAAGUUCCUCAUCUACAGCGAGAGUUGCUACCAGGGAGCAGGGGGGCUGGUAGACUACAUUGGCAAGGAGAUUAUUCCAGAUUUCUUGGGAGGAGAGUGUCUGUGUAACGUCCCGGAAGGAGGGCUGGUGCCCAAGUCUCUGUACCAAACUGAGGAGGAGCUGGAGAGCCUGGAUCACAUCAGACUCUGGACUGAGACCAUCUAUCAGUCUGCAAGCAUCUUCAAAGGAGCGCCGCACGAGAUUGUUCUUGAGAUUCUAGAAGGUUGCUCGGUGAUCACCUGGGACUUUGACAUCCUGAAAGGUGACGUGGUCUUUAACAUAUUCCACUCGAAGCUCUCGCCCCAGACCAUGAGGAAGGACCCGGCAGUGCUGCCCCCCAUAGGAAACAACGUGCAGCUGAUUGAGAGGAGCUGGGUGCUGGGGGCAGAUUAUAGCAUGGUGGAGUCCCCCCUCUCGUGCAGGGAGGGGGAGAGCAUUCAGGGCUCUCACAUCACGCGCUGGCCUGGCUUCUACAUCCUGCAGUGGAAGAUGAAGGGGCAUCCGUUCUGCACAGCCUCAGCGCUGCCCCGCGUGGACGACGUGCUCGCCACCUUGCAGGUCUCCUCUCACAAGUGCAAAGUUAUGUACUACACCGAGGUGCUGGCGUCCCAGGACUUCAGGGGGUCGAUGACGAGUCUUGAGUCGUGUCACAGUGGAUUCUCGCAGCUCAGUGUGAGCACCACGUCUUCCAGCCAAUCACAGAGCAGCUCCCUCAUCUCCAGAUAGUGCUGAGCGAACAUGUGGAGGAGGGGGAGCGAGUGCAACAUGAGAUAUACAAUGAAAGGACUGCUGACAAGGACAGUGACUUCCAGUGACCCUGGAGCAGGUAUUGAGAACAAUACAAGCACUUGAACUCAAAUCACUGGGCAGAAUUCAAAAGUCGUAGCGCUUCUCACUUUGCUUACUUGCUUUAGAUACUAACUUACUUGCGAUCCCUGUGCUGUGAUUCUGGUUUACGUAGAUACAGUAAAACAUAAUUAAUCUAUCUAUGUGCUGAACUAUAAAGAUGCACUUUAAAGGUAACAAUUGCACGUUUGACAAAGAAUGAUUUAACAAGAACACCUGCUGCAGAUUUUAGAGUAGAGCUCUCUGUGUUCAGCGCCUCUCCAGAUACUGUUUGAGAGGUCAGGGUAAUCCUGGGAGAAAAUCUUUACAGUAACUACUGUGAGGAUGAACUAGCGACAAGCCUCUACCUCACUGAUUCAGCAGACACACUUUUAAAAUGCAGUGGGGUUUUAUAAAUAAUUAAAAUAACUUGUUUUAAAACUAAACUAAAUAUGGUGGCUUCACCGUACUGCACACACAAUGCAUUGAGCGAUAACAGAAAUUAUUUGCAAAGAUUUGAUUCAUUAAGAAACUUGCUUACACUGUAUGAGUUGUGCCUGUAUGAAUGCUGCAGGGUAACGAUAUGCUUAGUGUGUUCCUCCUGUUUCAGCUAGAGAAUAGUGCUGCUUUCUCUCAGAAGCAUUUACUUGUAUAAUACAUCUUACAUCAAUCUUAACAAAAGGGUCAUUAAGCCAGUACAAGUACCAAUAUACUGUGGAAGAUUUAUAUAAAUUCAAAAUACAUUUAUUUCAGUGUGUUGUGUCACCUCAAGCCAGUUUUGUAGAGUUUGUGGGAAAUCAAAUGAAAUUCUGGGUUUUUUAAAUGGUGUAUAAUUUUGUAGUACUAAAAGGGCUUUUUGUAUGAUGUUAGCAAUAACAUUAUUAAUUUUAUUUAUUUGAAAAUUCUUUAUUCAGGAAAGCCAUAUGAGCUAGUUUAGCUUGUUUUCAUAGACGUCCUGGCAAGGGCAAUACAUUUACAGCUUUCCACAAAGACAAGAGACACCAUAAACACAAUCAAUCAGUAAUAAAUAAAUAAACAAAUAUAAAACGCAGAGCAGUUCAGUAAAAUCAUACAGGGCUCGGAUAAAUACUCGUACAGCAGUUUUUUAGACGCAGUUUGUCUCCUUGUUGUUUGCUAGAGGGCUAGCAUUUGAUUCAGGAGGGCUGUGUCUGAAUAACUUAUCUCCUUUCUCCAUUGGCAGUAGUUUAAUAACACCUACUAUUGAAAACAAGUUUAAAAGACUGAUCUUUGGAUAUUCAAAAAGCACAUCUUUGCAGUGAAAAUGGUUUGGAUUUUUAUAAGAGUGUAGUCUUACCUUACUAAAAAGUGUCCAAACACAGCUCUGUCAGUCUCCCAUGCUGCAGCACAAGGCAGUAUAGUGGAGCUCACAAGUAGAUCUAUAGUGACCUGUUACAAGCCUCUGUAUAAUAUAUUGUAAUGCAAAGUAAAUGCACAUGUUCUAUUUUAAUAAUGUAAUUAUUAGAUACUAGUGUUAACUAUGAUGGCAGAACCUAUAUCACUGUACAUUCUGAAAUGUAAAAUGAUGUUGAAUGAUUUGGGAAGUACAUGGAAUUGAUUCAGUUUCAGAGUCCUGUAAAUGAGUUUCUAUGGUGUUUAGAAUGCAUCUAACUAACGAUCUAUUGACAGACUCGUUGCACCCUGAGGUUUUUGUUUCUGCAGUAAAAUUGUGUUUUAAAGUAA